GACGAUAUUUUAGAUUGGUUAUUUUAUUAUAUUAAAGGACCAGAAAAUGCAAGAAAAAGGACAGAAAUCAGUUGAUACUAUGACGCUUAAUCAGAAAGUAUCACUUUUUUUAUGGUGGAGGCAAUUUAAAGAAAAACAAGGGUGGAAAAAGCUUACUACGGAAAAAACAAAAGGAAUCUUUGGAGUUCCUUUGCAAAUAUCACUUCGAUAUGCAAAUGUAGCAAUUUCUUUUAUAGAUAACAACGAAAAUUCAAUGAUAUACGGGCAUAUACCUAUUGUUGUGGCUAAAUGCGGGGCAUUUUUGAAGGAAAAUGCGAAAGAUGUUGAAGGGAUAUUUCGUCUUAAUGGAUCAGCAAAACGGUGCAAAGAAUUACAAACAAUAUUUGAUACACCGCCUAAAUAUGGAAGAAAUUUGGAAUGGGAUGGAUUUACAGUUCAUGACGCGGCAAGUAUUUUAAGGCGAUAUCUUAACUAUCUUCCGGAACCUAUUAUACCUCUUAAAUUUUACGAACCAUUUCGAAAACCUCUGAAAAAUGAAUCUUAUGAUAAAGAAAAAUAUAUUUCGAUAUAUAAGAGGCUUAUUACGUUACUUCCGCCUAUAAAUAGACAAUUAUUGUUAUAUAUAUUGGAUUUAUUAGCAGUUUUUGCAUCGAAGUCCGAAGAAAAUUUGAUGACAGUGUCUAAUCUUUCAUCUAUUUUUCAACCUGGUAUUCUUUCGCAUCCCGAACAUGAUAUGUCGCCUAAAGAUUAUUUUCUUUCGCAAAAAGUUCUGAUAUUUCUUGUGGAUAAUCAAGAUCAUUUUCUGAUGAAUACGGCUGGGACAGAUCCUGGAUUAGUAGCAUCAUUAGCACGUUGUAGAGAUAGCGAUAUUUUAGAUGCAGCAUCUACCAUAAAUUCUCUUAAAUUUGUAUCCAGAAAGAAACACAAUGUUUUAAAAAAAAUACCACAUAUCAGUUCAAAGAAUUUACGUUUUCAUAUGAGUAAGCGUUCAAAAUCAAUGAAUUUUAAUUUGAAGAAAUCUUUUCAAUUCUUAUUACGCAGUAACACAUUACCAAAUAAAUCUCAGUGCAUAAAGAUUGAUUCUCAUGUUAUAAGAGACUUAGUUUCUCCUAAAAAUGUUAAAACGUCAAAGAGUUCUAAAUUUUCAUCAUAUAAAUUAUCUGUUGAUGAUAAAACCUUUUACAAUAAGAUAAAAAGGAGGAAUUCAUAUUCUAGCCCGGGAACAUCUACAGAAGAUAUUCAUAUGUAUUCAAUUCCAAGGAAUUCAAAAAAUACAAAGUCGCUUAUAUAUACUUUUUCAUCAUCUCUAGUUGACGCAUUUCGACCAUCGAAACUUCAAAACAAGUCUUUAUACAAAACAAUGCCAAUUAAUUUAUCAUCAUCAUCAUUGAAAACUAUUGGAACAUGUUCUAAUACAUCUCCAUUAAAGCUAGAAGUGCAUCGAUCUUCUCAAUCUAUACAUUCGACUCAUUCUCGAACCGUUUCAAUUCCUAGUUCUUUAGCAUCAGAAGAUAAACUUUCUAGAGAUAGUUCUAUUUUUACAAAAAAAGUAACAAGAAAAGAUUCAUCUGGAGAUGCUCGAUAUAUUUAGCAGAUUUCAGUUUAAAUGAAAAAAAUACGGAAAUAUUAUUAAAACA